CACGUUGUGUGUGUUGCUGUGGUGUUCCUGAGGGGAAACAAGCUGCAGACACACGAAGGUUCCUACUAACGGUCUCUGGUCUCUGUGGUCUCUGUCUGUAGUCUGACUCCUCCAGCUGCCGGAGAGCCGCUGAGCAAACAGCUACCAGCUGCUGAACGCAGUGUGAUGUGAGGCGAUGCUCUCUCGGCCACCAUGGCCAGUGUGACUCUGAGGUACUUCUGUUACGGCUGCCUCGUCACCUCGGCGACCUGGUCCGUCCUCCUCUUCCUCUACUUCUCUCUGGGGGCAGAGCCGGGCCUCUCAAGGACCCCCCUGCGGCACCGCAGCCAGCCAAUCAGCCAGGGCCAGACGGAGCGCAGGGCGGGGCGUCGGCCUCUGCCGGCCAAUCAGGGAGCGGAGCUGUCGCCGGAGAUGGGGAUGAUCUUUAACGAAGCCGACCAGGAGGUCCGAGACACCGGCUACCAUCGCCACGCCUUCAACGUCCUCAUCUCCACCAGGCUGGGGAACCACCGGGAGCUGCCCGACACCAGAGACUCCCAGUGUCGGGAUAAGGCCUACCCUCUGGCUCUACCGUCUGCCAGCGUAGUGAUCUGUUUCUUCAACGAGGCGUUCUCCGCCCUGCUGAGGACCGUCCACAGCGUGCUGGACCGGACGCCGUCCUACCUGCUGCACGAGAUCAUCCUGGUGGACGACCACAGCGAGCUCGAGGAGCUGAAGGACGACCUGGACCGCUACGUCAGGGACGAGCUGCAGGGGAAAGUCCAACUGGUGAGGAACCAGAGGAGGGAAGGACUCAUCAGAGGACGCAUGAUAGGAGCCUCACAUGCUACCGGUGAGGUGCUGGUCUUCCUGGACAGUCACUGUGAGGUGAACCAGGCAUGGCUGCAGCCUCUGCUGGCGCCUAUCCAGAAUGACCGCCGCACCGUCGUCUGCCCCGUCAUCGACAUCAUCUCCGCCGACACCCUGUCCUACUCGCCCUCGCCCAUCGUCAGGGGCGGCUUCAACUGGGGGCUGCACUUCAAGUGGGACCCCGUCCCCCCCGCCGAGCUCAACGGGCCCGAGGGAGCCACCGGACCGAUCAGGUCUCCCACCAUGGCCGGCGGUCUAUUCGCCAUGAACAGGAAGUACUUUAAUGAGCUCGGCCAAUACGACGGCGGCAUGGACAUCUGGGGCGGAGAAAACCUGGAGAUCUCCUUCAGGAUCUGGAUGUGCGGCGGUCAGCUGCUCAUCAUCCCGUGCUCCAGAGUCGGUCACAUCUUCAGGAAGAGGCGUCCGUACGGCUCGCCGGGGGGGCAGGACACCAUGGCCCACAAUUCUCUGCGGCUAGCGCACGUUUGGAUGGACGAGUACAAGGAGCAGUAUCUGUCCCUGCGUCCGGAGCUACGUGACCGCAGCUACGGCGACAUCAGCGAGCGCGUGGCGUUGAGGAAGCAGCUGCAGUGUCACGAGUUCCGCUGGUACCUGGACACGGUCUACCCCGAGAUGCAGACCGUCGCCAACGGCAACAAGCAGCAGCAUCAGCCGCUGUUCGUCAACAAGGGGCUGAGACGACCCAAAGUCCUGCAGCGAGGACGGCUUCGUAACCUAGCAACGGGGCGUUGCCUGGCGGCCCAGGGCCGGGCCAGUCAGAAGGGGGGGGUCGUCGUCCUGCGACCGUGUGACCCCCGAGACCCCGAACAGGACUGGGCCUACGACGAGGAGGGUCAGCUGGUCCUGGCGGGUCUGCUGUGUCUGGACGUGUCCGAGGUCAGGACCUUCGACCCCCCCAGACUGAUGAAGUGUCACGGCUCGGGGGGGUCGCAGCAGUGGAGCCUGGGGAAGUCCAACCGUCUCUACCAGGUCUCGGUGGGUCAGUGUCUCUCCGUCGCUCAGCCCGUCGGGCCUAAAGGUUACGUCUCCAUGGCGAUAUGCGACGCCUCGCAGGCGCAGCAGUGGCAGCUGGAGGGCUGAGGGGGACGCCAUCACUCGUCCUCCGUGAGACGGACAGACGGUGGGACGGAGGGACAGUUUGGUUUUAAAGACAAUCAGGUUUUAAAUGUUCGUCUUUUUGAUGGUUGGUGUUUUUUCUCAGGACGACUUUUAUGAACCAGCACAUUUUAUUUCAUUGAUUUUCUUUUAAACGGUCCUGGAAGGUCCUGGAAGGUCCUGGAAGGUCCUGCAAUAGGUUUAGUGUUGGAGUGAUGGAUUCCAGGAGCCUGCAGGAGGAGUUGUCUUUCUCUCAGAGGGACGGACGAGGACUGAACUGAUGAACUGAUGGACUGAUGGACUGAUGAACUGAUGAACUGAUGAACUGAUGGACUGAUGGACUGAUGAACUGAUGGACUGAUGAACUGAUGGACUGAUGGACUGAUGGACUGAUGGACUGAUGAACUGAUGAACUGAUGAACUGAUGGACUGAUGGACUGAUGGACUGAUGAACUGAUGGACUGAUGGACUGAUGAACUGAUGGACUGAUGGACUGAUGAACUAAUGAACUGAUGAACUGAUGGACUGAUGGACUGAUGAACUGAUGAACUGAUGAGGAUCAGAUUCUGUUCAUAAACCAGGAAUGUUCUGGUAUUUAUUGAAAUCAUUAUAAAACCUGAUUCUCUCUCCGUGUUUCUGCUUUUUAAUCAAAUCAUGGAUUCAUCAGUGAAACAUGGAGCCUUUUUCUAUGAGCCAGUCAGCAGUCACCUGUUGACCUGUAACACACCUGUUGACCUGUAACACACCUGUUGACCUGUAACACACCUGUUGACCUUUAACACACCUGUUGACCUGUAACACACCUGUUGACCUUUUACACACCUGUUGACCUGUAACACACCUGUUGACCUGGAACACACCUGUUGACCUGGAACACACCUGUUGACCUGUAACACACCUGUUGACCUGGAACACACCUGUUGACCUGGAACACACCUGUUGACCUGUAACACACCUGUUGACCUUUAACACACCUGUUGACCUGUAACACACCUGUUGACCUGGAACACACCUGUUGACCUGGAACACACCUGUUGACCUGGAACACACCUGUUGACCUGUAACACACCUGUUGACCUUUAACACACCUGUUGACCUGUAACACACCUGUUGACCUUUAACACACCUGUUGACCUGUAACACACCUGUUGACCUGGAACACACCUGUUGACCUGGAACACACCUGUUGACCUUUAACACACCUGUUGACCUGGAACACACCUGUUAACCUGGAACACACCUGUUGACCUGGAACACACCUGUUGAUCUGGAACACACCUGGUUACCUGGAACACACCUGUCGACCUGGAACACACCUGGGUGACGUCAGGUGAUCGUCUCUGCAGGACACGUGGUGACAGUAUUACAGAUGUUUUUACAGUUGUGUCAUUUCAUCAUCAAUAAAUCAACACAGACUGA